GCCGAUUCCCGCCGGGGCCGGCCGGUCUCACCGUAGCCGCUCGCAUUCAGUUCUCGUCGCUGCGAUGCCGAGGGCACACGUCACGACCGUCGCUCGCCAACAACACGACGCUUCGGCGAUCGUACACCACUUCUCAGCAAACUAAUGAGUUAGUCCUGCCGGCCAAACUCAACCCUGGAGGAUUGAUCAUAGCUCGAUAUUAGAUGACAAACUCGCGACACGACCGUGGUGCUUAAUCACAACACUUCUUUGAAUUACUUCAGCCCGAUAUGCUCUCCGAUUUCGAUUGGGUUGGCGUGUAAUGUAAACAAAUGAACAUUGCUCAAGUUUUCCGGAAUAAUUUGUUGACAUUGAGACUUGACUAUAGUUCAAAGUGCAUUAAAAGGACGAUAAAUGUAACCAAUGAUGCUGUUCGGUAACAAGAGUACGGUAUAACGCGUCGCGAGUGCGGCAUUAAUGUGCCUGUAAAGGUAGAACUUCUGUAGGAUGAGUGGCGACGGGCAAUGGAUUGUACGGUUGUUGUGGGCCGUGCUGGCAACGGCUUUGGCGGACUCCUGGACCGCGUACCAGGAGCAACCUUGUUGCCGGCCAGUGUCUCAUCACCGCGUGAGGCACCACAGAGAUCACAUUCGAGAGUUUUCUUGCGGUAGCCUCUUUUACCGCACGCUCUACUUAAAUGAAGACAGAAAUACACUUUACGUUGGUGCUAUGGAUCGGGUAUUCAAAUUAAAUAUGUCUGAUAUAAGUCAAUCACACUGUGAGCGAGAUGCAUUGCUUUUAGAAGCUAGUAACGUAGCAAGGUGUGUAAGCAAAGGCAAGUCGGAGCCGUUCGAGUGCAGGAAUCACAUCCGCGUGCUGCAGCCACUCGGCGACGGGGAGCGGCUCUAUGUGUGCGGCACUAAUGCUCACAGCCCUAAAGACUGGGUCGUCUACUUAAAUUUAACGCAUUUGCCGCGGCAUGAAUAUAUCCCAGGAGUGGGGCUGGGGGUGGCGAAGUGUCCGUACGAUCCGGCGGACAACAGCACAGCGGUGUGGGUCACGGAAGGCAAUCCCGGAGGUCUUCCGGCCCUCUAUGCCGGCACUAACGCCGAGUUCACUAAAGCCGACCCUGUCAUAUUUCGAAACGAUCUCUUUGAUUUUCGUACAGGCCAGAAAAAGUUUAAUUUCAAGAGGACAUUAAAGUAUGAUUCCAAGUGGCUGGACAAAACAAAUUUUGUGGGUUCAUUUGAUGUGGGCGAAUACGUUUUGUUCUUCUUUCGCGAAACAGCCGUGGAAUUUAUGAAUUGUGGUAAAGCUGUGUAUUCACGAGUAGCCAGAGUUUGUAAACAUGACACAGGAGGAAAACACAUUCUUAGUCAAAAUUGGGCCACUUAUUUGAAGGCGAGACUCAAUUGUAGUAUACCUGGAGAAUUUCCAUUCUAUUUCGAUGAAAUACAGAGCGUGUACCAAAUACCGGGUGACCCGAGCAAAUUCUAUGCGGCGUUCACAACAGGCGCCAGUGACGGACUAGUCGGCUCUGCAAUAUGUACUUUUACUAUGGAUGAUAUUCAAGAGGCAUUUGCCGGCCGUUUUAAAGAACAAGCGUCGUCAAGCUCGGCGUGGCUGCCGGUGCUGCGGGCGCGCGUGCCGACGCCGCGGCCCGGCACCUGCGUCAACAACACAGAGGCGCUCCCCGAUAAUGUACUUAAUUUUAUCAGAUCUCAUCCUUUGAUGGAUUCAGCGGUUCGACACGAAGGAGACGCACCGGCUUUCUAUAAACGUGAUCUGGUGCUGACCACACUAGUGGCUGACAAACAAUUCGUCGACAUGUUGGGAGACGACAUUACAUACACCGUGUUCUACGCCGGCACCAGUGGUGGUGAGGUGUACAAGAUAGUGCAGUGGGCCGGCGGUGGAUCACGCGUGGCGGACGUCUGGGUGGCAGCAGGGGACGAGCCGGUCCGCGCGCUCGCGCUAUCUCGCCGGGCACACGCGCUCUACCUCGCCACCGAUAACCGCCUGCGACAGCUGCCACUCAGGGCCUGCACACAUCGUUACGACAGUUGCGUGCGUUGUGUCCUGGACCCUUACUGUGGGUGGGACAAAGAAGUCGGUGCGUGCCGGCCAUAUACGCCCGGGCUACUUCACGACGCCACAAAUUCUACCCCGUCAAUAUGUGAAGCUAGCGCGCCAUUGAAGACCGUUCGAGCGGGCUACGGACAAAGUGUACAUUUAGCUGCGUUUGGAAAAACACCCGAGGCAUUAAAGGACCAAAAUGUUGUGUGGUACCAUCACUCGAGAGAGAAAGGCCGCUACAAAAUAAAUUAUAAUUGGGAGCGAGUGCUGCAAACGUCGGAACGAGGUCUUGUGCUGCUCUCCGUAACUGAUUCGGAUCGAGGGCGAUACGAAUGUUAUUUUGGGCCAACGCUUAUUGUCUCGUAUAAUCUGGACAUUGAUAUACACAGGUGUACACAGCCUAGUAAAUCUCAGGAAUACAAGCAAGUGUAUUCUGAUUGGUGUCAUGAAUUUGAAAAAUAUAAAAGCGCAAUGAAAGCUUGGGAGUCGCGCCAAAUGCAGUGUUCCAAAAGCAAUAAUGCAUCGAGCCAACAAAACAGUAUGACGAACGAGAUCGUGGCGUCGCUACGGUGAUAGGGCACAGUCCGCGGUGAUUAAUGAACGAUUACACAUACCGACCCACACUGACACAAACUAUCCGAUAUUUUACCAACACCGUUCUAACUGCGAGAUCUCGUCUCGUUUCGAAGUGUUUUUGUUUAUUUUUAACAUUAACAUAGUAAAUUAUUUUAGUAUGUUCUCACGAUUUGUUUGCUGUUACUUUUUGAUUGAAUGGAAUUGAUUAUAAUGUGUACUCGAGACUGAUUUUUUAAUAGUUGAAUAACUUUUAUUAAAUGAGUGACUGUGACCUCGUGAGUGUUUCUCAAUGAUGAAUAUAUCUAGAUAUUCGUCCAAUAGAAUUAUCCGAAAAUGGAAAAUAGUCAAUCAGUUUAACAAUAAUUUAUUUGUAUUAAAGUGUGACUAAUGUAAAAUAGAUAUACUUUAAUACUCCGAAACAAGUGGUACACAAAGUAAAGAGUCGUGAAAAGUGACAUACAGCAAUAAAUAUAUAAUGAGUUGUCUAGACGAAUUAAAACAACUAAAUUCGAAAGUAAUCAAGAAGUAGAAUAAUGAUGUACCUCAUUGUUUAUUCAAAUGAAACAGCAUCGUUAUUGGUUGUAAUUUGUGGGUCAAAGAUCCAGUAAGUAUUCAUGGUUGGGGAAGUGAAACCGAAAAGGGAGCGAUAAUGUAGUGAGGGGAUGAUCUGUUAAAAUAGAUUUGUUGCCCGUUCCGAAGACUGAACGCCUUGAUGGAUGACUGAAUUCGGUUCAACUUUCACCGGGAACUUUAUCUUCGUGACGGACAACAUAGGGUAUAAUAUUACCAUUUCUUUCUUAUAUCGGAUAAUUGUGUCGGAUACUAAUGUAAUCGUUAAGAUGAAUUAUUGUUUAUGAAAGCGACUGAGUAUAUGUAGUGUACCUUGAAAUUGUUUUGCCCAAGUCCGUUAGCACUUCAGAAAUGUAUCUAGUUGUUACCAACAGGCUUCGCGUUAUAUUGUACAUAUUGAAGGAUUUGAAAUCAAAAUUACAAGGUAUUAUGCCACCAACAAAAUGCUGUGAUAUCAGUUCUCAUUGGGUAACUAAUGUUCUAUAAAGUAUAAUGUUAAACAAUUGUAUUUUUAUUUACAGUUACAGUGUAUAAGAUAUGCUUUUAUAUACCUAUCAGAAACGAUUGCUUUACAAAAUAUAAAUCUAAAGAGAAUGUUUAAAUUAUCGUGUACAAUUCCCACAGGGCAUAAGAAUUGUUUAAAGGUAUUUUAACUUUUUGUGUUCCAGACUUUAUUCGCAUGUUUACUUUUCCGUUACAAUCUUAUUAUGAGACAUCAGGGGAGUAUUAAGAAUAAUGAGCAAUACAAACGCCAAUUUAGAUAUAAGCGUAAUUAUAUAAGGAAAGCUUAUAUUGAGGGGGUCGAAUGUUGACAUUAUAGCAUUUAUUUACUUAAACAAAACAGUUUUAUGAAUGUGACGAUGGGUUAAUGUUGUGAGUUAAAAUAAUGUUCCAUUUUAUAGUAUUACGUUCCAACUAAUAUUAUUAAUUUGUUGCCAUAAAAUUAUAAAUUUAGAUCCGGCUUCGGAUUUUAAAACCGAAUUUAAUUCAAGUUGAUUUGUUUUCCGUUGGGUUCUUUAAUAAUCUCGCUAGAAUAGUGCCUUGUGAAGCAUGCUUACACUAUAAUAACAAUGUAAUUAAAAUUAUUAACUAGAUAAUAUUUUUGUGUACUAUGUAAAAAAGAUAACAUGUAGACCUUAAGAAGUGAUUAUUUCAUUCGUAAAAAAAGCAAUAAUGUUCCACUGAAAUAAAAGUCGCCAGUAUUAUAAUUAUAAAUGAGAAAGUAGAUAGUGAUUGUAAUAAGGACAAAUUGUUAGCCAUAGGAGUUGCAAAAUGUAUUUUAUAAUGUCAUGUUUUUAAGUUAAACAAGUUGUUUUGUUUGUUUAAUGUUUGAUUGUUUAUAUAACGUCCCUGUUGGAAAGCAAUUUUAUACAAAACAAUGCGCAAACUAUAUUAGAAUAGUUUCAUUACAUUACGUUGAGUUAAACUUAAUGCAUUUAUUUGUCAGCUUAUUGCUUAUACUUAUUUGUUAAAAAAAUAUUGUAAAUAGUAUUAUUUAGUAUAAGUAGUAGAAAAAUUGCUAAAAAUUAUGUUUAUUGUAAAAUAUUAUAAUAAUUUAAGGCUAAAAAAUAAGCGAUUGUUUUAUAAAAGGAACACGAAGAAUAAAUUAUUUUAGAGCUA